AUGGAGACGCUACAAAAGACGCCGGUUCCAUUCGAUGACACCUACGUUCUCUACGAUCCCACAGACCCGCUGUCCUUUAUCUGUGCGGGUUUAUCGCUGUUGCCCAUCGGCAUCCUGUGCUUCUACCUCUCGUGGUUCAUUGUGACGAGGGAAUUGGAACCGUGUAUCAUGGCAUGUGGACAAGUAUUCAACGACGUGUUGAAUAACAUCGUGAAGAACCAUGUGAAGCACCCAAGACCAAGGGUGUUCGAAGGGUUCCAGCAGAACGGGCUAAGGUCCGGGUACGGUAUGCCUAGUGCGCAUGCGCAGUUCAUGGGCUUCUUCUUCACGUACUUGACACUUCGACUAUGGUUACAAUGGAGAGGCCUGACCACCACGAGAAGGCUCUGCGGCACGCUGGCCUUAGCGACGGUGUCGUGCAGUGUGAUAUUCGCACGGGUGUAUCUUCACUACCAUAGCGUUCCACAAGUUGUUGUUGGCACAUGCAUCGGUUCCUCACUUGGUGUCACCUUCUUCUUCAUCGGCACCAUGGCUCGCACCACGGGUCUCACCAAUUGGGUGCUCUCAUGGUCAAUCAGCGAUUUCUUGAGCCUGAAGGAUACAUGCUUCUUCCAGCCUGAAUCGCUAGCUGAACAACGCAACCAAUGGCUUAACAGAAGACAGCAGCAACUACAACACCCAUCAUCAUCUUCUUCUUCAUCAAAGGUUGAGUGA